AUGGCAAAUGAAACAUAUUCACGACCCUUCAAAUUUGCAACUGUCAUACUUUCUCCAUUACUCAUUCUUUUCUACAUGGCGAUAAUAUUACCAGCAAGUUUACAAGCAUGUCUCGCGCAGAGUCUAUUCAUCACCCUCAUACUGCCCAUAGUCGUUCAAGUAAAGCGACCCGAAUAUCCAUACCACGAAGAAUCCGCGCUCAUGUCAAUCAUAUUUCUUUUCUAUCAAUUCUGCCUGGGCAACUCGAUCAAAGAGGAACUCGUCGAUUCGCCGAUCUUGCGUCCAAUUCAGGAUGCCCUCAUCAUCGACAAAAAAAUUUCUCAUCUCUAUUCGACCACCAUACCUAACAAGAUCAAGGAAUUCAUCGAUUUCUUUUACCACAAAUUGAGAGUUGGCAUUAUGAUUGGUUUCUGUCUUGGUUUCUGUGCAAUUCCCGUCACACUAAUUUACUUCUUUAUCGAACCUCCAUUUGACAAAGCAUUCAACCAAUUCAAACGGUUGGCUUCAACUUGGGCAAAGGAUGGCGAAAAGGGAAAUUUGAAGAUUACUGUGAGCAUUGUAUUCUCUGUGGUGCUGCUGUUCUUGUUAAGGGUGUUAAUGUUGAUCCCGCUGAUUCUGUUUGUGGUGGGUGUCUACCUGUAUUGGUUUAGUUUGUAUGUCUAUCUGGGAUUGGAAUGGUUGUGGAGAUCUGUGUGCAGAGAUGAAAAUUCGGUUGGUGGUUCCAAUGCUGGAUGUGGUUUUUUUGGUGCGCUGGAACGAUUUCCCGGUGGCAUGAACAUUGGGAUGAUGCAUGAUUGCAAUGUUGUUAAGACUUCAAAAAGUGUAUUUGACAUCUUUGAAAAUACUUUUAAUGAGAUUUUAAAAGACAACUUAAUUUCAUUUCCAAAAUUUAACUGA